AUGACCAUCCUCAUACACACCCUUACAUCUACUCCCAUGACCAGCGCUGGUAUCUUCCUAGCGCUCACUCUCACUAUUUACUCUAUCUACCAACGAUACCUACACCCCCUUGCUAAAUACCCCGGUCCAUUCCUAGCAUGCCUAACCGACCUCUGGCAGGUCUACCAAUUUCUGACCCUCAAGCAACCAUACAACCUAACAGAGCUCCAUGCAAAGUAUGGGCCAAUUGUCCGGUAUGGGCCAGACAAACUCAGCAUCACCCACGAAGGCGCAGUCCAAGCAAUCUACCAGAAGGGUGGAAGAGGAAUGCCAAAGACGGAAUUCUACGAUGCAUACGGCGCAGCUCAUCCGAAUGUAUUCGGUAUGCGAAAUGAAGAACAACACUCCAUCCGUAGACGCCACAUGUUUCACGGUUUCUCGAUGAGCUAUGUGAAAGAGAUGGAACAAUACCUGGACAUGAAUAUCCGAAUACUAAGAGAUAAGAUCAGAGAGCAUAGUGCUCAGAAUAGGACAUUCGACCUGAAAAAGGCCCUGCAUUAUUACGUGAUCGACGUCCUUGGUGAGCUGGCCUUCAGUCAAUCAUUCGGGGUCCAGGAGACGGACGAGGAGACGGACGAGGAGACGGACGAGGAGACGGACGAUGAGACGGACGAUGAGACGCGAGUUCCGCCAGUCAUUGAACAUAGUCUGCUUGCGGCUGUUACUGGUGCCUGGCCUGCUAUGACAGCAACACUAAAGAAGUAUCUUCCACUUGUUCCCUACAAGCCCCUUCAACAGCUCUUUGCUGGCCGCAAAGCUUGUGCGGAUCUCGCGUCGGAGUGUGUUCGACGCAGGUUGAAGGAUUUUGGUGCAGACAGAAUGUCUAAAAGCGACGAUAGGAAGGACAUUCUUACAAAUCUGAUCUUGGCUAAGCAUCCUGAUACUGGUGAGCAUCUUACACAGACGGAUCUCGAGACUGAGGCUUUUGGGUUUAUUAUUGCAGGAACACACACUACGAGUGCCACGACAACUCUGUUGUUUUACCACCUGCUUCAUAACCCCCAGUAUAUGGAGGAGUGCGUAAAGGAGAUCGAGGCCAACCUGCCUCCCCUUACACACGGAGAGACAGCCUAUUCUGUAUCCGCAGCAGAGGCUGCCCUAACGUUCUUGCGCAACUGCAUAAGGGAGAAUUUCCGGAUUACGCCGGUCUUCACGAUGCCUCUAGCUCGGAGGGUGAAGAAUUCAACGGGUGUUAUAAUAGACGGACAGCAUAUACCACAAGGGACAUCAAUCGCUGUCUGCAACCAUGCAUUCCAUCACAAUCCUGACGUCUGGGGUGACGAUCACAACAUCUUCAAUCCUUUUCGAUGGGAGAAGCCUGAGAUUGCCGCCAAGGCACGGCUGUUAAUGCAUUUUGGCUUGGGUGGACGUCAAUGUAUUGGGAAGACCAUCGCAAUGACGAAUAUUUAUAAGCUGAUGAGCACAUUGUUGAGGGAGUUUACUUUUGAACUUGCUGACACGCAGGCUCAGGAGAAGUGCCUAUCAAGCGGGAACAUUCCAGAAUUGAUUAGUGUUGGAAUUAGCGAUCUAAAGGAGCCCUUGAUGCAUAGCAAGAUGGAAAAGCCCGGCGUUCAGCAUGUUGAGAAUGAAAAUGGUGAUGAGAACCUCGCCGUCAAAAGAAGGGAUGGCCAUGAUUUAGAGGCGUCCAAUGCGUCUCAUGGUAAAGAUACUGAAGAAAAUGACUCAGAUGCUUUGACGGAAGAUCAUUGUCAAUAUUUAAUUCAGAGAUAUGGAACGGUAGAACUGGAUCCUAUCCCGGACAUGACUGACGCUGAUCCCUACAAUUGGCCGACAUGGAAGAAAGUCAUCAAUUUAGCUCUAGUUGCGUUCCACGCUAUGAUGGCAACUUUUUCGGCGUCUUCAAUCCAAUCCGCCUUCGUUGAGAUAGCAGAGGACCUUGGUGUCAGCGUACAAAAAGCAAGCUACUUAACUUCCCUAGUCAUUGCCAUUCUCGGGGGUGCGCCUCUUUUCUGGAUGCCAUUGUCCAACCGCUAUGGUCGACGUCCUAUAUUCCUGCUUUCGCUGCUCUGCAGUCUGGUUGCUAAUGUGGGCUGCGCUAAAAGUCCGUCAUAUGCGACUAUGGGAUUUUGCCGGGCCCUUGUUGCCUUUUUUAUAAGUCCUGCCGCUGCUAUUGGUAGUGCUGUCGUCGCCGAGACCUUUUUCAAGAAAGACCGCGCAAGAUGUAUGGGCGUGUGGGCCGUCAUGGUAACUUUGGGUGUGCCGCUUGCACCUCUGCUUUUUGGGUUCGUUACCAGUCGUGUGGGAUACCGGUGGAUCUACUGGAUAUUGGCUAUCACCAACGGCGUUCAAUUCAUCACAUAUCUGAUCUUCGGCCAAGAAACUCUAUACAUCCGUGGUAGCGCUGCUAGUCACGUCCGUAACCCAACACUUCGGCAACGAUUCCUUAAUGUGAAGCGUAUUGAUCCAACGCCAUUGGAAAUAUGGGACUUUCUACGCCCCCUCACCAUGGCAACACGGCCCUGUGUUAUGAUUCCGGCCGCCGCUUAUGCGAUGAUAUUCCUCCUCGGUGGUAUCCUCCCAUCAAUUGAGAUGCCGCAACUCUACCCCCAGAUGUUCGGACUUGACUCGGAGCAGGUGGGCCUGCAGUUUAUUGCGAUGAUUAUCGGUUCUCUGCUUGGCGAUCAGGUCGGAGGAUUCUUAUCCGACCGUUGGAUGCUGUACGGGCGGAAGAAAACGCAGCGGGCCGUUGCACCGGAAUUCAGACUCUGGAUAAGCUAUCCAGGUAUUGUUCUGACGAUAGUUGGCAUUGUUAUCUUCCUUGUCCAGCUAGAUCAUGCUUCAUCGCAGUGGAAUAUCACUCCGUUGGUUGGGGUCACCAUUGGGUCUAUUGGAAACCAAAUCGUCACUACCGUCAGCUUCACGUAUGCCGUGGAUUGUUAUCGAUCAGAAGCAGCAAGCGUUGGUGUUUUUAUCACGUUGGUGCGACAGACGUGGGGAUUCAUAGGACCCUUCUGGUAA